UGGCUCCUCAAAAUGUCGCGUACUGUCGAGAUUGGGAGAGCUGUCUUGCACUCAGCUAAUGGGUCGUUGCAUCUCUGGCUAACCGCAGCGAUUACUGUGUGGUCACAGCAGCAGUCGACUAACCCGCAACAGCUCGAUCAAUAUAGAUUCCUCGAACUCUUACUUUCGGGGGACUAUUGGGUAUGCCGCGGCUACGACAUGCAUAUUAUAUUGGACAUUUCCGUGCUAUUAGAGCCGCUCAAUCGAGAUCAUGUGCCGCAAUUGAUGGGAGUUCUGAGGGAAGCCUCGGUAUGGCAUCAAUUAGGCUUGAACGUCACUAUCUCAGAAAGCGAGGUACAAGGGCAGAUACGGAUCAGUAUCGCGCACCAUCGAAAUGUCGAUGAAAACACCACUCCGGCACGCCACCGUUUAGGAGUAAAUGUGCCCUCUGCAGACAUCAAGCCGCCUGAAAUGGUUCCAGUAAUAAGCCUUAACUCAGUGCGCCUGUCUCUGGAUAUAUUGCAGCCUCGGCCAGCAUCAAAAGCCAAAAAGCGAAAAAUGUCUCGCGAUGCUAACCAGAAACUCGGCACCCUAAUUGAUGCCGGAUCAGAUAACUCCAACAACGCGCAAGCGGCAUUGCUAGACAGUUCCGUGACGAUGGUCUCAAAUAUGCAACAGCAGCAUUUCGAAGAGGAAAUAUUGCUGGAGUCCUCUGUCAGUCCCUCUAACAAUCAGUCAAAUCCAUGGGACAACCCAGUCAGCAUAUCACCACAUCAGGUAAAAAAGCGAUGUUAUGCGGUCAGUUAUGAAUCGAAAAGCACGAACAGUGGAGGUCAACCAGUUGAGGUUGCAGACAUUAGCGCAAUGGUCGACGCUGCGAUGCGCAUAUCGGUCUGCAGGAACCCCUCAAGAGUGUCCGGAGGAGUGAAGAUUGUAACGAGCACUUUCAGCGCCACGCUGUCCGAGGUCUGCCCGGCCUUGUUCACGCCACAUUAUCUCCAGGCAUUGUCUCAAAGAGCGCACUUCCUCCCUACAUUGAGUCGUUCCAUGGUUCGGGUUACGUGUUCGCCUAGAAACUCAGUGUCGCUCCAAGAGAAAAUGACAACGCUGCUCGAAGAGCAUUCCGCGCGAUGGAAUGCCGCGUCACAUGAUUCGAUACCGUUUCCUGAGGAUGUGGUGCGCUCACGACUUUGGAAGCAUCUGCAAAGCUCGCUGUCGGAACGUCCCACCAAGUCACUUCUGCCAUUUGUAACAGCUGCUCCUAAGGUUCAUGACAGGUUGGGCAUUGUCGAAAGCAGCCGAAUCACGGAUCGUGAAGUGAGUAGCACUGCACCUGAAGAAGACGUCUUCUCGGAGCCUUGUGCUCCUUUGAGCUCUGUGUCAGUGUCAAAAAUACAGGCAGUCGACGAGGAUGAUGAUCUUCUGCUUGCAGACGCGGGGGAUAUUAUGAUGCUAUGGGAAGGCUUCGAUGGAGGAGACGUAGCGAUUGAUGGAGUUCAAUAG